ACGAAAACGAAAAGUUCCCGAUAGUGACAGUGCAUUUAUGACUUUGUUAUUUCUAAACGAAUGGUUGAACCUCUUCUGUUAACAUGCACAACUCGCCAUUUAAAAUCAUGGAUAAGCCUUCUUUGAACACAUGGAUGUUAGGCGCACUAAUAGUUUUUCAGGUAUCAAUGGCUCAUUCGAACAGAUUGGGGCAUUUAACCGUUUUAACGCCAACUCUUUUAAACCGGAACAUAACGCUUCGUUUCACGGCCUGUGAGGCAUUUGGUCAUAUAGAUGUUAGUGCCCUGAAAUGGAAAGUACAUUUUACAAAUGAGACCUCAUACCAGGAUUUAACAGCAAAAACAUUACACAAGCAAUACGAUUCCGGGUCGAAUGUGUACAUGGAUCUGGUGAGAGUAAAUGGAAGCUGGCAGGGAGCUCGUAUUCAUAUCACAGACGGCAAUCUGGUGUCGAAUGAAAUACGAUUGGAUAUACACGAUUUCCCAAGUGAGUGUGGAUAUUUGCAUUUGAUAUCUGAUCCUACUGGACCCAACGAGAGUCUUGAGAUAGGGUAUUAUCCGAAUGAUAAAGUGUUAGGGGACACGUAUUAUCAGAUACGUAGAUGGUUUGGCAAAGUGAAUGACACGUUUCAAGAAAUAACAUUACGAGCUGGAAUAUAUGAGGAGCGCACAGGGUCAACUAACUCCGAACAUAUACUGUCAAUAGCGAAUUGGACUGAAAUUGACAGUGUGAUUGUAAUAUGUUCACCAAUCGGCCAUUCACACACAUCAAACGAAAUUGAUGUCCCAGUUUGGGAUACUGCACAAAAAGUACAUCUGAAUGUACAGGAAAACCUAACAUAUGUACCCGUACAAACGUCAACACCAACGCAAAACGAAAUUCAUGUUUCCACCAAAGAUCUAGGUGUCGAAUCCCGCACUGUGCUACCUGACCCUGAGUUUCAAACAGACGCAUUACCCGUUGCUUUCCCGCUGAUGCCCGUAACACUGGCGGUCAGAGCAGGAACUGUCGUGAUUCUUAUCUGUUUUGGUAUAAUAAUCCAUGCUCGUAUGCGCAAAAAGAAUCGACGUUCGUUGCCACAGGGAGGUCCAGAUUUACAUGCCGACAAUAAUGAUAUUGGUGUGGGCUAUGCAAGUUAUUGUCAAAUAUUGCAGCCAAUGAAGCAGUGCAUGGCGCUAUUUACGCUAACGUUGGAAACGUUGAACAUGCCGAACCAUCUACGUCUAACGAGAAUACACAUUUCGAGCUGAUCUAUGAUGAACUCGACAUCAAGAAAACUGAAAAGUAUCAUCCUACCAUUUACACUACAAUCGUCUGCCCGAGAAAUCCUUAAAAUGCUGUACAAAACAAUUCGAAGCCUUCACAACACUAAGCGAUGUGUCAUGUAAAUUUACACUAUCUUACUUUGCAUCAUACUUUCAAGAAACAUAGUUUUGUAACAAUAUUUUUUCCAAGAGUGUGUCUUCUUUGCGGUGACCCGUUAAUUUGCAUGUUUAUUGUUGUUUUGUGUGGUUUAUUCUGUAUUGUAAAGGCAAUUGAUAACUAGACUAUGGAGUACUGGCAGAUGUAAUGGCAAGAUUUGAACUCUUGAUAAUUUUUCAUUUGUUCCGUUAUUCAACCGAAUUGUCAGUAUGAGGCAUUGCGAAGUGUGAGAAAUACUACUGCUAUUGUUGAAAGUAUGUGAAAUAGUAAACUGUGCAUAGUUUCUGCAAUAAACACUUAUUUUACCGAGCAAUUUAUUUUUACGGGUAUUAAAAAUAAGGCACAAUUUGAGAUGACGUAUGUUUGUUGUUUAGCUCUUAUCAUACUCUGAUACAUAUUAAUGCCAUAAAAGCACGAAUACUGUAUGCUGUAUAUAAGUGUUGGUGAUUAUAAUUUUAAACGAAUAAUGUUUGUUUUUAUUGUCAUUUUUGUUAACCAUUUAGUCUCAAAUAAACAAUAAUCAAGCCUG